UGCAUCAUUAUCUCUCCUAAAAUAACAAGUAACAACUCUUCUUCUUCUUCUUGUUCUAGGGCUAUCUAUCUUGCUAGCUAGCUCAGAAUUGAAUUGAAAUGGCCGACAUGCAAUCCCUCCCCGCCCAAAAUCAAAGACUGCCGCUGCAGCCACGCGCCAUAGUCCCCUCCGCCACUUUCCUCCGUAGAUUUCAGGACCAUGCCCCCAACUCCUCUCAGAUCUUCGGUUUCUUCACCUUGGUCAUCUCCGCCGGGAUUCUCCUUUUCCUCACCGGCCUAACCCUCACCGCCUCAAUUCUCGGCCUUAUCUUCUUCACCCCCUUGAUCCUCAUCUCCAGCCCCCUCUGGAUCCCCAUCGGCACCGUCCUCUUCAUCGCCAUCGCCGGAUUCCUCUCCGUCUGCGCCUUCGCCAUCGCCGCCAUCCUCUCCGUCUCCUGGCUCUACCGCUACUACCGCGGCUUCCACCCGCCCGGCUCCGACCGGUUCGACUACGCCCGCAGCAGGAUCGUCGACACCGCCAACCACGUCAAGGACUACGCCGGCGGCUACCUUCAAGGUAAGGUCAAGGACGCGGCUCCCGGCGCCUGAUCGGACCGCCGCUAGCUGCCUGCAAGGGAUAUGAUAUGAUGAUGCGUACCGAACCGGGUUCAGUUUUUCUUGUUUGAUAUUAAUUUUAAUCAAUCAGGCUUUGCCAGCACUAUGAAUACACAUAUGAAACUUUGUGAUGGACUGAUGAAUAUUUCCAUGGAAUGAAAUGUAUGUGUGUUGCGUGAGAAAUCUAAUGGCCCACAUAUUUUUGGUUCAA